GCGGCGGGCUUGUCGGGCGCUCGCACCACUGCGCCCGCGUCCGCCCGUACGCGCGCCGGUUCACCCCCGUCGGUGCCGUGUCACGCCGAGCUCACCCUCAUCUCGCCCCUGGUGGUGAUCGGACGUGAGCGGAGGAUCCUCGUGACAAGCGAUAUCACAACGACCGAAAACAGAUCUCGCAGCGACGAUGAGUGUUAUCGCGGGGCCGGAGGGCCGGGGAGUUGUGCUGGUGAUCCGCCGGACACACUGAUGUUUUUUUUUGCGCGAACUUGUGCAAUUCCGCGCGAUCGCACACGACAGACAUCGAUGACGGUUUCCGUGUGAUCGGACUUUUGCGUUUUGGUGACGGCGCGGGAAAGAGAGAACAGAGGCACGAUAACGUUCGAUAUGUCUCGUCGCGACCGCGGGAAGCAGCGAGGAACCAGCGAGAUUCGAAGAAUGUGCGCGAUCGGCGAGUGAAUGGAGAACAUAAAGCGGAAUAGCUCUUUCCGUUCCUGAGAGCAGUUAAGCGGGUUUCGCGAGUAGGCAAGUUUGCCCGCUACGAAGUUUCCCGCGCGAUAGUCUUCGUUUAGGGGUGAAGUAUGGAUCGCGGGGGCUCGUCUUCGGAGCGGCGCGAUCGCGUUCUCGCGUGUGUCACACCGCGCGUGCGAAUAUUCGCGUUCGUCAGACGAUAUCACCGUGAAAUACGGUGUUUCUGAGAAGUCUUCAGUUCCCCAUCGGGGAUUCUCGGCUGAACGGCUUUGCUCCCCCUCGCUUAUUCAGAGAGGGAUCUCUGAUUAUAGAGGUGGCGGUUUCGGUGAUUUACGGCAGAAAGAAGAGCCAGGGUUGCUCGAAGAUGCGUGACAAAAACGGCAGUUAAACCGGCAUUACUCGUGCUAUCAGUCGUGCAAUCGCUGAGAAUCUGGCGCGCAUCAGUUGACUUGAUUGUUAUCGACACUUAGCUUAGCUAAGGACGGCGCGCACGUAACGCGACAUGGAGCUUCAUUUAUUUCUAACCGCCGCGUUCUGUAAGAGGCAAAGAACUAUCUUAACUGGAGGAUUAAUCGCACCGACGGUCUAAUCUAUCCUCGGAUUAAUGAGAUUCGCUGUUUCCCCUGUCUCUACGUAAUACUUCCAUUUACAAUAUAAACAGACAAGAAAGAUCCAGCUAUCGAUCGAGCACCAGGCCGGCCCUCGUCUUCGAGGACUUGAAGUGGCAAGUGAACACGAUCGAGAGAGAAAAGAAAUAUUCGCAACAUUGGAAAUAUUUGACGACCGGAAUAUUUGGAUCGAACGAUCGUUCUACGGCCUUCCGACAAAUCGCAGUCAAUGGAACGCGGUCGACACGCGGACGUGAAUGACCGAUCGGCGUGUCCGCUUGCACCAUGCUCGGUUCGCCGUGCACAAUCGGCGAAUUCCUGCGAGCAUUACUCGCUGCGGUCGCGAGCCGCGUACCAGAUCGUCGCGAAGAAUUGCCGUCGCGCGAGAUAACUCCCGCCAACAUGCCGGAAGAGUUUACGUCCACGCUCUUCGCAUUUUUCGACGCGCGCCGUUUACUGUGUCCCAGGUAGAUACAAUACUAAGCACUUUCCGGCUAUCGGAUCGGCCGCGAUCUCUUCUCACCCUCUGUCUCACCCCUUUCCUCCCGCAUCGAACAACGCCGUGAUCGAAUGCGCACUAAACAGACAUGGAUAUAGACGGGAUAUAAAAAUAGACGACGAAGACUCAAGAUAGAUGGGAGUUGCCGGAAGUUCGAGGAGUGUGACGGGAUGAAACGAUGAGGCAGACGCGAUCGCGACGGUGAAAUACUGGACGCAAUAUUCGAGGGGGAUAAUACGUAGUGCGAUAGUACGAGUACUCUUGCACGAGAUACGCUUUAAGCCGCACUUGGCUCGCUAAUUUUCACGGUGAAUCCGGCUACAGUACCCUGAGGAACUUCGCGACGGGUGGUGGCAUGAGGAAGCGUACGGACAGCACGUAGCGACUGGCCCUUCUCGCUUCGGAGAUGCGGCGCUAUCCACUGCAUAUCAACGUCGCCCUCACCGUCGUUCUACUGGCCACUCGUGCGAUUGUCGUCGUGCGUGCCGGUGAACAAGAGAGGGAGGUCUGGUAUGAAGCGGCGACGAGGGAGAUUGAGACGCGGAUCAGGGCGGCUGCGAGUUCCAGCAUCAGCGGCACGACGCCGCCGUCCGGAGUGGCGCGUGGUGUCGUCCUCUUCGUCGGCGACGGCAUGGGGAUGAGCACCCUCACAGCCGCGAGGAUCCUCUCGGGUCAACGUCACAAAAACCCGGGCGAGGAAACGCAGCUAGCGUGGGACACUUUUCCGGCGGUGGCGUUGGCGCGGACGUACAACAUGGACGCCCAAGUUGGCGAAUCGUCGGCAUGCGCGACGGCACUGCUCUGCGGAGUUAAAGCCAAUUACGAGACUGUUGGGCUGGAUUCGUCCGGGCGCUUCGAGAACUGUUAUUCCAGUUAUGAGGCGCGCGUUCCUUCGCUUAUUAAUUGGGCCCAGGAUCAAGGCAAAUCGACGGGACUGGUUACAACCACCAGGGUUACACACGCGACACCGGCGGCUCUUUAUGCACACGCAGCCAGCCGUUACUGGGAGGACGACGGCAAGGUGCCACCUGCUGCACGUACCUCUUGCAAAGACAUCGCGCGUCAGCUGCUCGAGGAACAGCCCGGCCGUAACAUCAAUGUGGUGCUCGGUGGCGGCAGACGUCACUUUGUGCCGAAGGUGACUCUGGACCCCGAAGAGCCGGACAAAGAGGGCAGACGACUGGACGGUCGAAAUCUGAUCGAGGAAUGGUCCAGGAAUCAUCGUCUACAAAAGAUAUCUGCACGAUACGUCGCGAACAAGCAGCAGUUCGAUAACGUGGAUCCGCGGAAAGUGGAACGUCUUUUAGGCCUCUUCGCCUAUUCUCACAUGGAUUUCGACGUUGACCGGAACACAAACGGCACCGGCGAUCCCUCUCUGGCCGAGAUGACGAUUAAGGCGCUUCAGAUACUGGCGAAGAAUCCCGAGGGAUACUUUCUCUUCGUGGAAGGCGGAAGAAUCGACCACGCUCACCAUUACAACAACGCUUAUCGCGCGCUAGAUGAGACCCUGGCGCUGGAGGAAGCUGUUCGGGCAGUUAUGAAGGAGGUCGAUCUCUCGGAAACGCUUCUCGUGGUAACGGCGGAUCACUCGCACGUGUUAACCCUGGGCGGACUGGCGACGCAUCGCGGGAAUGCCAUUUUCGGCUCUGACAGCAAGGUGUCGGACGUUGAUGGACAGCCCUAUACAACGUUGCUGUACAGCAACGGCCCGGGUUACACGCAGCCGCGGAACAUUCUGCGGGAGGCUGGGAAAGAUUCCAUUCAGACGGCGGGGGUGCCGAGGGCGUGGGCGACGCACGGCGGCGAGGACGUACCGGUGUUCGCGAUGGGGCCCCUCGCGAGCACCCUGUUCUCCGGCAGCGUCGACCAGAGCUACAUCCCGCACGCGAUCGCCUACGCCUCCUGCCUGGCCCAUCACGCCAGCCGUUGCUCCCGGGAUCCCACGAACAACGCCAACGCCAGCGACACAAUGAACGCCGUGCCGAUAAGCUGUCCCUCGGCGGAGCCCAACAGUGCGGCGAUAUCCAGCGACGUGAUGAACGACCAGGCGCGAAAUCCAUCCACGAAAUCCGCCGCCAGCCCGCGCCGUUCAUCGGCUGGUCCAUCGUCGUCGUUGCUGCUGCUGCUGCUGCUGCCGCCGUUGCUACUCAUGAUGUUACCCCGCGCGCCCCCGAUCCCUCGGUGUCCCCUCGAAAGGACGAGUUAAUGCGGCCCCCUCUUUCGCGUACGAGGUGGAGGGCUCAACCCCCCGUGACGUCGGUGGUACAUGACACAGUGGAGGAAGCCGGUCGAAAUGGCCGCGGUGCUGGCGACCGUGUAAUAAAGGUCGACGCGGUGACCGCAGUGUAAAUUUGACGGGACGACCUCGUGAGUGGUCGUCCCGAACGAGCAGUGAUCGUUGUGCGUCUCCCGUUGACCCGGCUAAAUGGGUCGUUUGCGCAGCGACGUAGGUCGCCACGGGGAUGUCGCCGAGAAGAGUGUCUGUCUGUGUGCGUGAAGAACGCGACGUAGUGUGGUAGCCUUCGGGAGAGGCGUCGGCCGCGAGAGAAAAAGAGAGUCGCGAGGGUGAUCUAACGGAUUCUCCGCGAUGAGUUCUUCUCGAAGAGGAGAGGCGUAUUUGCAUUCCUCGUGAGAACCGACGGCCGACAAAUGACGACGGAUCGGGUGUUCGUGGACGAGCACCUGUGACGAAAAGAAAACCGAGUGCGCUCACGCGGCGUAUCCUUAAUCCUCUCAUGCAUCCUCCCGCUCUGAUAUCAGGACGAUCGAUCGAUUCUACUUUCCGCCUCGCGUAAUAAUUUUGUAUAAUUGAUACAAGUUCUUGUUUGAGGUUCGCCUGAAGGUUCUGCGAACUUUGCAGAGAGUUGGAUUGCAGACGGAAUCUCUCUCGUUAUUUCAUAACUUUCGCGGAAGGAGAUCGUAGAAUUUCGUUAUAUAUUCUCGCUCUCGGUUAUCGACGCGCUUCGCUUUAAACAUUCGCGUUUAAUAUUGAUUAUUUAGCGCGAACUUGCUUUUAACAGCGAGCGCUCCUUCAUUACUCUCCCACGCGUUUUUCUCGCCGAUUGAGACGCGUGAUCCUUGCAUGAGAGGAUUAAUUAUUCGAGUUAUUAUCUCGUGCCUCUCCAAUCGACUCUGCAAAAUAUUUCGGGAGCGCCGCUGCUUCUUUCACCGCACAGUGCGAACUUGUUUAAUCUCUACGGAAUCCAGAAUUUCCCGGUGAGAAUUGAGAUUUCGUUAGAGCGCAAAUCUAGCGGUCGAAAUUUAUGUUCUCUCGAAAAGCUAUCGCGAGGAUUCUGAGAGUUGUGUUACGUUUGUCGUCAGAGUAUAAGUACGAGACGUAAAGAAUUCUUCUACUGGAGAGUCUUUUUGGAAAAACCAAGUUUUUUGAGAGAAGCAACUUCGGAUUCGCUCGGAAAGUCUGAAAAGAGCGACGACGGUCCCGAUACAUUCCGUGCACUGCGAAUAUCCUUUCGCUUAUCUCCCAAGUGGUGAGUUGAGUAAUUCUCGAGAGUAUGUUUCCGCGGGAAACUUCCCGCUACGUGGUGCGGCACGUUACAACGAACCGAGUGAUAACACGGCCUCUUACCGAUCCCGGUGAACGAGCAAAUAGGCCGUAAUGCAUGAAAUAACUCCCGACCCGCGGGAGAGUUCCGAGCAUAAACGUAACAUGUAAAUACAUUAAGGACAAAGAGCGGACGGUGUAUAAAUUGCACGAGACACGUGUCCUCACAUCGAAUGUAAAUUGCAGGUAGGCAACUUAAUCACCGAAUUUCGCGAUAGACCUCACCGCGGAGUGCACGUUGAUACCGCCGUUCUGUUCACGCCUAAUUGAAUUUUGCACUUUGCGUGCGCGUCGUUUGUCGCGAAUCACAAGUCUACGCUCACGACGCACGCGUAAUCGUUCCCGACAGCUUUCAGUUCGCUUCACGCACGAGUGGUCGAGAGGAAGAGCGACGUGAGUUGACGUUUCACAUCUCGAAUGUAGCACGCGUGAUCUCACGCUCGAUCUAUGUCAUUCUCUCUCUCUCUCUCUUUCUCUCUUACUUGAAGGCUCUUGUGCCGCGAAUUGGUUUUCGCGAGAGCCGAUUGUCGUCAUGACGAGACUCGGGGCGGCGAUUAGCCGCGCGACUGACGGCGACAAUUAAAGCAAGUCAUCACUAAUUUCGCAGAUUAGCCCGGCGUGGUCGGCGAGGGCUCGUAAUUGAAUAAUCCGUCGCUCGUGUUUUGAAAUUCAUACGUAAUGUAUAGGGAGAUCACGCCACGCGCGAGAAUUGGGAACCACCUGACGGGGCUCAUGUAUUUGCGACGGGUGUCGAGGGAAUCGCAGCGCUGUGGCGUACCGAGAGAGUCCCCUCGGCACUCAAUCCUUCAGAAUCCGUUCUCGCGCGAAGGACACGUCCGAGGAAGCCUGCCGAGUUUCCAUUUCCGUUUUCGACACGGCCGUGCGAAUUUUGUGGGACAUUCCGCGACCGCUCGCCUCUCUCUCUCUCUCUCUCUCUCUCUCUCUCUCU